GCCUCCAACCCUCUGGGAAACCUCUCUUUUUUUCUCAUUCACGUUCUCUCUCUAGACCCCCCUCGGUCUUUCUCACUCUUCUCGGAAAACGUGCUUGAGUUGUGUCCACCUUCCUCUCUCUCUCUAGGGUUUUGUAGCUUUUUAAUUUUUUUCCCCAUGGGGUCUACAUCACAUCUCUCACCUGUAUAUUAUCCAACUCAGCUCUGUUUUUGAAUCAAUCAAACUACUCAAACGGUUCAUUUCCCAUUUCUUUCACACUUUCUCCGUGCAUUUCUGAAGCUUUACAGCGGUCUCUGGCCUAGGGUUUUACCCAUUUCAUCGCUGUUUGCUUCACCGAGGGUUGAGCUUUGGGAAGCUUUCAUUAACGAUGACAAUGUCGUGGGCUGAUGUCUCCACUGACACACCCACCAACCCAACUCGCCUUGCUCGCCCCACUCGCCCCACAUACGUGCCCCCACAUCUCCGGCAUGGUGCUGCGGUUGCCACCACCAACGGCGCCACUCCAAUCGGUUCCGACUGCCCUCCAGAACAAGGCCGGACUGCUACCAGCCGGGGCCGUGGCCAGAGCCGGGGACGUGGACGUGGGCAAGGAUGGGGUCAGGGGAGAGAGGCUUCUGAGGCAAAUGCUAGCCCAUUCGACGGUUCUGAGAAAUUUGAUGAAUUGGAAGAGGUAGAAGACACUAAUGGUGGUUUGAGUAUAAAUUUCGAUGCGUACGAGGACAUACCAGUUGAGGCCAGUGGCUCCGAUAUACCCCCACCUGUCAGUGCAUUUGCAGAGAUUCAUCUGGGUGAGGGUUUGAACCAAAAUAUCAGAAGGUGCAAGUACGUGAAACCGACGCCGAUACAACGCCAUGCCAUUCCGAUUGCAAUGGCGGGUCGAGAUUUGAUGGCCUGUGCCCAGACGGGUUCGGGCAAAACGGCGGCGUUUUGUUUCCCGAUCAUAUGUGGUAUUUUGAGGAACCAGUUAUCGCGGGGUGGUGCCAGGCUUGCUUGUCCAACUGCUCUUAUCCUAUCUCCGACGCGGGAAUUGUCUUGUCAGAUACACGAGGAAGCUAAGAAGUUCUCUUAUAAAACCGGUUUGAAGGUGGUAGUAGCUUAUGGAGGAGCACCAAUAUCUCAGCAGUUCCGUAAUUUGGAAAGAGGUGUGGACAUCUUAGUUGCUACACCUGGUCGCCUUGUGGAUAUGAUUGAGAGAGCAAGAGUUUCUCUUAGAAUGAUAAAAUAUUUGGCUUUGGAUGAGGCUGAUAGAAUGUUGGAUAUGGGCUUUGAGCCUCAGAUCAGGAAGAUUGUCGAGCAGAUGGAUAUGCCACCACCAGGUGCGAGACAGACAAUGCUUUUCAGUGCUACGUUUCCUAAUGAGAUACAGAGGCUUGCUGCGGAUUUUUUAUCAAACUACAUAUUUCUAUCUGUAGGACGAGUUGGUUCAAGCACUGAUCUUAUCGUGCAGAGAGUUGAAUUUGUUGAAGAUACAGACAAACGUUACCAUCUGAUGGAUCUUCUUCAAUCUCAAAUGACAAAUAGAACCCCCAAAAAGUAUGCUUUAACUCUAGUUUUUGUGGAGACGAAGAGAGGAGUAGAUGCAUUAGAACAGUGGUUGUGCAUGAAUGGUCUGGCAGCAACAGCAAUACAUGGUGACAAAGUGCAAAUGGAAAGGGAACGGGCCUUGAAAUCAUUCAAAAGUGGAGCCACUCCGAUAAUGGUAGCAACUGAUGUUGCUGCACGAGGCCUGGAUAUUCCACAUGUAGCACAUGUCAUCAACUUUGAUCUGCCAAAAGCCAUAGAUGACUAUGUUCACAGAAUAGGCCGGACAGGUCGUGCCGGUAAAUCAGGUCUAGCAACAGCAUUUUUCAAUGAUGGGAACCUUUCCCUUGCAAAAUCACUUGUGGAGCUAAUGCAGGAAUCAAACCAAGAGGUUCCUUCUUGGUUGAACCAAUAUGCUGAGAGACCAUCAUAUGGUGGUGGUCGGUCCCGAUACGGGGGUGGCAGGUUUGGUGGACAUGAUUUUCGAAGUAGUUCUCAAUUGAAAAGGGAAGACUACUACUCUCCAAGUCCAUAUGGUGAUGUGACUCAGACUGACGUUUUUGUUGCCCCUGCUUCUGGUGAAGGUUACUAUUCAAUCCCUUAUGGUGAAGCAGCUCCACCUGACUCUUAUGCUGCUGGAUCAGACAGAUAUGGAUUUGAUCAUGGUUCAAUUGUGGCAAGUGGUUGGGACUAAAUGACUCAUUUCAUACUUUAAAGUGGCUAUACUUAGCAUUUGGUAUAGAGUAGUUUUGACAUAUAAACAGCUGCUGAAGACUACAGGAAGUGAAAAUAGUUCCAACUGUGGCUGUCCACAAAUACUUAAGCUUUACAUGGUCUUUUGCCCUGAUUAAACGCCAUUGACUGUAGCUGUCUUUUUGUUAGUUGGUACAUUCCUAGUAUUUGAUCAUCUGUGGUUUAUUCCUCUUGGGAGGAAAUGAAGGUUGACCAUUCCCUCUAUGCAGGAUGGUUGUCUUGUAAUGAAUAUACUCUCAUGUAUAUUUGUAAAGCUUCAAGAUGAAUCUUGAACCCAGGUGGGAUAUGGAAUGUUGUUUUCAUUCCUUCAA